AUGAGUACUAGCUUGAAGUUAGGUCGUGAUUCUUCAGAUCUCAAAGAAUCACACUUAAGCUCUAUUAGACGCAUCAUUGGAUAUGUGAAUGGUACUGUUGAUCUAGGGAUUUUCUGUUCUAGAAAUUCUAAUCUUGAUUUGGCUGGCUACUUCGACGCCGAUUGGGUGGGGAAUGCAGAUGAUAGAAAAAGUACUUCUGGGGGUUGUUUCUACAUGGGUAGCAAUCUAGUAGCCUGGUCAAGUAAGAAACAAAAUUCCAUAUCCCUAUCCACGGCAGAUGCCGAAUACAUAGCAGCUGGAAGUUGCUGCACUCAGCUUCUUUGGAUGAAGCAGAUGCUGAGUGAUUAUGGGAUUAAUCAAGGGACCAUGACUAUUUUCUGUGAUAAUACCAGUGCUAUAAAUAUUUCUAAGAAUCCCAUUUAA